GCGUCUCUCGCUGUUUCUCUCCCGCGCUCCGCUCUCUCCGCACGCAGCUCUCGCGCGGGGAUCAUGGCAGUCUAGCGGCGUGCAGCGGCGACAAGCGCAGCGGCGAAUCCAGCAGUGCAGCGGUCAAGUGCACUGGCUCUAAUUGGCAAAAUGGCGUCCCUUGUGGCAUCCACCCACAGCUCUGCUGCUGUAGACAGCAUAACCACACCGUUCACCAGCUCACCAGAACCCCUGACCCGCUCCGCUUCGCCACUGACCCUCUGCCAUGUCUGUGGUGUCUCAGAUGAGUCUGGAGGAUGUGGGGGCCCUGAUCCUGGGGCCCUCAUCUCUGAUGGUUGACCCCUUUGGGCCCCUUCUGGACGAAGAUGAGGAGAGCGCUCUGUCGGAGGGGUCAUCGUCGCCCCUCUCCUCUUCCUCCUCUCUCUCGCCCCUCUCUCCCUCUCGUCACGCUUCUCUAGGGUGCAAAUCAGAGCUGCUGGCGCUCUCCUGGCCGCCGCAAACCGAGCCCAAGCAGAGCAAAGCAGGCGGUGUGUUUUCUUGCAUGGAUUGGAUGACGGAGAAGUUAGACCUGAAUGACUUUGACCUGGAUUCUCUCAUCGGAUCAUGUGAUUCAGACGAGCCUCCCGGUUCUCCAGAAGAGCUGCUGGCUUGCCUGCACACCGACAUGGAUCUGGACCUGGAUUCGCUCCCGUUCGGCUCAACAGAGCUGGACCUGGCGCUGACCUUUGACCUUCCCCUCCCGGAGCCAGCGCAGGAGCCUGUGGAGAUGAAGUCUGAGCCUCCGUCUCCGGAUCUGAGCUUCACGCUGGAGCUGGGCAGCGAGGUGUCAGUGCUCCCGCUCGCUAGUCCCACAGAGGAGGCGAGAGGCAGCGAUUCAUCCGACAGCGACAGCGGGAUCUCCGUCUCCGGAUCAGAUCCCGAACCCUCGCCGAAGCCCACGGGCUCCUCCAGAACCAAACCCUACUCCAGACCCGAGCCGGGCGCCGGUGCUCCUAAAGUGGUGGAGAAGAAGCUGAAGAAGAUGGAGCAGAACAAAACGGCCGCGACGCGCUACCGGCAGAAGAAACGCACCGAGCAGGAGACGCUGAGCUCCGAGUGCGCCGAGCUGGAGACGAGAAACCGCCAGCUCCAGGAGAAAGCCGAGUCCAUCAGCCGAGAGAUCCGGUAUCUGAAGGAUCUCGUGGAGGAGGUUCGGGCUUCCAAACACCGCAGGAGCAAAGCCAAAGCCCAGGAUGCCGUCUGCUCUGGUUAGGGUUUGAUGCUUCCCUCGCCGUCACCUUCAUCUGUCCUUCUCUGGUGCUUCUGAUCCGCUGGAGAUCAUCUGCACUAAACUCACUCCCUCGUUUUUCCUCGACUCGUUUAUCGUCCAGAAAGGGGCUCAUCGUCAGUCAGAGUUGUUACACUGAAUCUAGUGCUUGUAAAUAGGCUUCACUUGUGCUGUUUAAACUGGCUAAACAUGCUGGAUCUGUCACGGUGUAGUGUGUUGGCUUGUAAAACACUUUGCUCUUUUCUAUUAAAGAUGCUGUCAAACUCACUUA